AUGGAUUACAACACAAGUCCCUUGUUUGUUGCUCAGGAGACCCUCUGUUUCUAUCCAAUCAGUACGAUAUACAACUCAUGUCCGCGAUAUCUCUUCUACGCGCUUCUGCUAGCAACCUGUGUCACUAGAUGGACAGGAUGGGUCAUGAAUGUAUUUUUAGGAACUGCAGCGGCAUAUGCAGGAACCGCGGCAAUCCAAGCCUUCAUUAUGGUUUCUAGUUACCAGGCGCCCCAAGACCCUGGACCUGUCGAUAUUCCGUACGUGUCUGCCAACUCCAGCCUACGAAAUGAAUUCCCUUCCCUGGUCACCGAAACAAACCAUGUUAUGGUCUCACCCGCAUCACUUGAGCUCGACUCGGAUGCUGUUCUUGCCAUCGUUGUCACUGGCUAUCUCGUAUUUCUGCCUCUCCAAUGCUGGUCCCGCAUCCUAACCCAUGAUCGAGCACGAAACCUGCUCUUCUACCUUUGGCAUGCCCUCAUGCUGGCUGGCUCUAUAUGUGCCCUCAUCUAUGCUGCAAAAGUACCCAAAAUCUCACCCCAGUACAUGUUUUGCUUUCCUGAUCUCGCGCCUUACAGCGACACAUCAAAUGACGGCUGGCAAGCUUCAUGGAGAACAUCGACAUGGAACGACAGUGUGUGGGCUACAUUUUCGAACGUAUCACGAUGGAACCAACUAGGAGAUAUCUGCUUCAAUCCCUGUUUUAAUACAACUCAAAUUUUACGAAAGCCAAGCUCAUUGCAUUCAGCCACCGCGGAUGGAGACUUCCACAUCGCUACCUCCCAUAACUUCUGGAAAAAGGUCAUUUACUCGCAUCGAUACAUCUACAGUCUGAUCAUUCUCUGUCUGAUUCUAAAUUGCCUCCUCCUAACUUACCGAUUCCUACCUUAUCGAUCACGGAUCCCAUCGGCGCAGAUCAUGGUUAUCUGGAAAGAACGGAAGACUAUUUGGAAAAGCUUCAAAGACGAAGUUUGCGAUGCUAUGAAGUUACCAACAAACUUGGAUAACAACGAAGAAGACUCAGGACCGACAAACAUUAAGACCUCUGUCAGGCACCGAAUGCGACAGAUACUCAGCCGUCGGUUCCUAAAGUCGUUUCUCCAUAUGCUUGUUGACGCCACAAUUCUUUUUGGCAUACUAUUCAGCAUGAUAUUCAGUCCUUUUACCAUCGUUGCCUUUGUCGUUUGGAUAGAGAUCCAAAUAUACAAUGACGGACCAUCGGAGGAGACUCCGAGCCAGGUUGGUCAGUGGGCGUACCUCACGUCUCUCGCGCUGCUCUUGAUUUCAGCUGCAAUUUUAAAGCUCAAAUAUCGGCUCGCUUCGUCAGCUGAGUUGGAACGUGAGAUUAUUGCAUUGAAACAACACCUGAGGAACUUGGAGAAAAUGAAGGAGGCACGAUCAGGGUCCGCAUCGAUUGAACUCUCAACUGCGACAGGUCAGAGCAAGGCAAAAUAG